AUGAAGUGGCAAUACAAAGAAGAGAACAACUUCGAGAAGCGACGCGCUGAGGGGGACAAAAUCCGCAGAAAGUACCCGGACAGGAUUCCAGUAAUCGUCGAGAAGGCCCCAAAAUCUCGGCUACGCGAUUUGGACAAGAAGAAAUACUUGGUGCCUUCUGAUUUAACCGUUGGCCAAUUCUACUUCUUGAUCAGGAAGAGAAUCCAUCUCCGACCCGAGGACGCCCUUUUCUUCUUCGUCAACAACGUCAUUCCACAAACGAUGACCACCAUGGGACAACUCUAUCAGGAUCACCACGAGGAGGAUCUUUUCCUCUACAUCGCCUACUCGGAUGAGAGUGUUUAUGGAGGAGAUGAG